CUCAGCGCCCCAAUAAUUCCCCCUUCCCCCCCCCCGGUUCCCCUCAGCGCCCCAAUUCCCCUCCCCGUGGUGCCUUUCAGCCCCCCCGCGGUGCCCUGCAGAGCCCCGGUGCCCCUGGCUCGCCCCCCGGUGCGCUGCCGGUGCCCGCCGCCAUGAGCGAGCUGAAGGACUGCCCGCUGCAAUUCCACGACUUCAAGUCGGUGGACCACGUGAAGGUGUGCCCGCGGUACACGGCCGUGCUGGCCCGCUCCGAGGACGACGGCAUCGGCAUCGAGGAGCUGGACACGCUGCAGCUGGAGCUGGAGACGCUGCUGUCCUCUGCCAGCCGCCGCCUCCGCGUCCUGGAGGCCGAGACACAGAUCCUGACAGACUGGCAAGACAAGAAGGGUGACCGGCGGUUCCUGAAGCUGAAGGACCAUGAUGUGGGCACCUCUGUCAAACAUGGGAAGCCCAAAAAGCAGAAGUUGGAGGGCAAAGGGGGCCAUGGGACAGGGCCUGGCCCUGGGCGACCCAAAUCUAAGAACCUGCAGCCCAAGAUCCAGGAAUAUGAGUUCCCAGAUGAUCCCAUUGAUGUGCCACGGAUUCCUAAAAAUGAUGCUCCAAACAGGUUCUGGGCCUCGGUGGAGCCGUACUGCGCUGACCUCACCAAUGAGGAAGUCAGAGUGCUGGAGGAGCUGCUCAAGCCGCCUGAGGACGAGGCUGAGCAUUACAAGAUCCCGCCUCUGGGGAAGCAUUACUCGCAGCGCUGGGCCCAGGAGGACCUGCUGGAGGAGCAGAAGGACGGAGCCCGGGCAGCGGCCGCUGCUGACAAGAAGAAGGGUAUCCUGGGACCGCUGACCGAGCUGGACACUAAAGAUGUCGACGCCCUGCUGAAGAAGUCGGAGGCCCAGCACGAGCAGCCGGAGGACGGGUGCCCCUUCGGGCCCUUGACGCAGCGACUCCUGCAGGCCCUCGUGGAGGAGAACAUCAUCUCCCCUGUUGAGGAUUCCCCCAUCCCCGAAAUCGCUGGCAAGGACUCGGGAGCUGACGGCGCUGGCACCUCCCCCCGCAGCCAGAACAAGCCCUUCAGCGUCCCCCACACCAAGUCGCUGGAGGGGCGGAUCAAGGAGGAGCUCGUUGCCCAGGGCCUGCUGGAGUCGGAAGACCGUCCCGCCGAGGACUCGGAGGAUGAAGUCCUGGCUGAGCUGCGCAAGAGGCAGGCCGAGCUCAAGGCGCUCAGCGCACACAACCGCGCCAAGAAGCACGAGCUGCUGCGGCUGGCCAAGGAGGAGCUGCACCGCCAGGAGCUGCGGCAGCGCGUCCGCAUGGCCGACAACGAGGUGAUGGAUGCCUUCCGCAAGAUCAUGGCUGCGCGGCAGAAGAAGCGCACCCCCACCAAGAAGGAGAAGGACCAGGCGUGGAAGACCCUGAAGGAGCGCGAGAGCAUCCUCAAGCUGCUGGACGGUUAGCGGGGAGCUGCGGACUGGGCUGCAAGUUGCUCGCGCCCCCCUGUUUUGCUGACUGUAGCUGAGCUGCCCCAGCGGCCAGGCCAGGGGAGCGUGGGGACGAGGAGGGCCCUGCCCACGGGCCCGCCGUGGUGGCCGUGCCCCUGCCGCGGGCGGGCUCUCGGCAUGGCCGCGCUCUGCCUGGGCCAUCCGCUUGGCGGUGUGACGCCCCGCAGAAAAAACGGGGCCUGCGCUGUGUCCCUCGCUUCCUGUCCCGGGAGGCAGGUCCCCGCUGCUGCUCCGUCAUGUCCCGCUGCGCCCCGGGGCGGCUGACCCUCUGGCCCGGCUGCUCCCGCAGCUCUGGCUCGGACCCCGGGGUGCUCGGGCCGCUCGCUGCCCUUUUGAGGAUGGGGCAGGCCGGCCUCGGUCCCUGGGCGCAGAGCUGCGCAGCCGUGCGCGGCCUUCCCGGGAAACCGCUGCCUCGGCCGCUUCCGCCCCCCGGCCCCUGCUGCGCUCCUGCUGUUAUUCUCGGAGCCUGACAUCAGCCGCGCCGCGAGGGGGGCCCGCGGGGCGGAUGCGGUGGCCACUGCGGUGCGGAUCCCACGGCCCCGGCAUCCCUCCCCUCUCCAGGGCUCGGCGCUGCUGCUGGGGGAGGGAUCCCGGCGCCGGCGGCCUGCGAGGAGGAGCUGCAGCGGCGCUCCUCCGCCUGCGGUGGGGAUGGGGGAGCUGGCGGCCUCCGGGG